UACAUAUUGCACAUCUAUGUAUUUAAAUUAGUGAUUACUUUACUUCACAAAAUUUUUACACCAAUUUGUAUUCACUUUUUAUGUGUAUAUUUUAUUUGAUAUGAAUGACAUAAAACAAUUAAAAAAUCAACAAAGAGAAAAACAUCCAGGGUUUGAUUCGUAUUUAGAUUGCAUGACGAGAUCUUUAUUUACGGGUCUUGCAUCAUUUUGCCUAGGUUUUUCAGGAAGCUAUUUUGCGCAAAAAAUAAUUUUUGCUAAAUUGAAAUAUCCAUUAAGGUUCAAUAUACUAUUUUCAUCAGGAAUUGCAACGGUAUUGGCAUACAAGAUAACAAGUGAAAGAACCAAAUCUUGUCAAGCGGCUUGGAUGGCAGCUGAAAAUAAACACACUAUACUUCAAGAAAACAAUUAUUAA